AUGUUAAAAUCUAACAUCAGCCUUGUGAAAAAGAAUGAAUCAUGGGUUCCAAAGAAAGAGCAACAAAUUGCUGCCAUAGAAAAACAUGGCUACACUUUAGGCAAAACUCUCGGAGAGGGAGCUUACGCCAAAGUCAAACUAGCUGACUCCAAAAAACACAACUGCAAAGUAGCCAUCAAAGUCAUUAACAAGAGAAGAGCACCAAAGGAUUUUCUAAAAAAGUUCCUGCCUCGUGAAGUCCACCUGAUGCAUCGCUUGAAUCAUCCCAACGUAGUGAGUAAAAUUAAAAAUAUAUUCCUCCAAGAGAUGAUAACUAAGAUAGUCGAACGUAUUCAAUCAUUCAAAACUUUUUUACUCGUUUGUCUCAUUGCUAUUUUUAACUGUGGGUUCGAUUGGUUAGACUGCACUAGCCUGUUCCAGUUCUCACCCUUAUAAGGGAGUCCGGACUCCGGCUUUCGGGAAAUUUUUGCUCGUGGAAUCGGAAAUAUAAAGAAUCUGGACUCCGGAAAACAACUCAAGGUAUCUGGAAUCCCACUAAGGAUUUGGAUUCGGAAUCCACGCUCCACUGACAAAAAAUCCGGAAUCCAGUACCUGAAACCCGAAAUCCACGGCGUGGAAUCCAGAAUCCAAGACUGUCUUGGAUUUUAUUUAUUACAAUUCAUGGCAAUAUAUAAUAUCAAUAAAAAAAAUUAAUAACAAUAACAAUAACAUUAGCAAAAAAAGGGACCCAUUGGAGUUGCGCACAAGAGCCAGAGACCACAUACAAGGCGCAACACCGUGGAUACUAUUUACAUAAAAAUAUUAAAUUAAUAUUAAAUUAUAUACAACUGAAGAUGCAAAACAAUCAAGCGCAGUGUGACAAAUGAACUAGAAUCGGCAUGGGCGAGCAUGUCGCAUUCGUAUGAUGAUUUUUCGAAUUGCACUGUCUAUUUCCAAAUAGCAUUGGCUGAGAGAGAGUUCAUGAAAUACGUCUAGGUGUAAUUUCAAUAUAAACGUCAUGCAACUAUGAUAAGACUAAGACUGAUGAUCCAGUUUAUUUGUCCUUUAUCUGCGAUCCUCAGAAUUUUACCUUUUCAAUUUUUAAUUGCAUCCAUGUUGGCUAAACUAUAAGAAGACUCAUUGACUACAUUGCGAAACACUCUUUUCUGUCUUCUAUAAAGGGGUAGUUUCGUCGGAAUCUACGAAUUGAACGCGUAUGUUUUUCUUGCAGAUCAAACUACAUGAGGUUGUGGAAACUUCAACCAAAGUGUACAUCAUUUUACAGUUAGCUUCUAAAGGGGAUUUACUAGAAUACAUUAACAACAAAGCUACGCUGAGCGAAGACCAAGUGCGCAUACUGUUUUGUCAGCUUGCCGCUGCCAUGGCAUACUGUCAUAAGGAGCAAGUGGCUCACAGAGAUUUGAAAUGUGAAAACAUCCUGAUUGAUGGCGAAGGAAAAUUAAAGGUGACAGGUAAAAAUAAAAUAAACUACUGAGAUGUCAACUGUGCACUCGUUCAUUUAGCAAAUGAUAUGAAUGGUUUUGUGAAUUGAGCUUACUGAAAAUAAAGUGUACACUAACAGUUUAGCGCGUGGAACAUCGCCUGAGUAUACCCUCCCCACGGAAGGCUACUUUGUGUACUCUCACCUAUACCGAGUACCCGAGGGAGUACUAAGAAAAGUUUUAUACGGCUAGACUCCGCCCGCGAGGUCCAACCCCUUACCCUUAUAUGUACCAUUUUUGACAGGCAGGGUACCCCUUUAUAAUUAUUAUACCUCCUAUUGCCAAAUGGUACCCCUUUCACAUAUCAUUUUAUCCAUUUCAACCGCUAUAAAUGUCUUUAAAAUAUGAAUAAAUCGCAAAACAGGAAAGUUAUGUCGACUUCAACUGCCAUAAAAUCCUUUAGUAGCCCUUUUAGGUCAUUUUACAGACCGAAAUGACAGAUUUCCGUACCGGCUUUCAUAUACUUCGACUGCAACCUCGGCCCUGGGAGCGAGGUUGACCUCGACUGGUGAAAUACGGAUCCAGUCAUAUACCUGCAGCUUGAAAAAGGUACACCUUUCGGGCGGAGCCUUCCCGUAUAGGCCAUUAUAGGAAGUACCCCUUGGGACCGAGUAUUGCUCGCUCAAAACUCUUUGUCAGUUUAUAUCCUUGACAAAGAAAUUAUGCUCUCAGUUGAGUAGGUGAACGCUAUUGCAUUAGCAGUUUAAAAACAAGUCAGAGGGGGGACAUCCAAAGAAUACCUGUUUAUGCUUUUCACUUGGAUUUCAGACUUUGGUUUUGCAAUAAGUACGAUCAAAAAUCGUAUGCUGGAGACGUUCUGUGGUUCGUACGCCUACUGCUGUCCCCAGAUCCUCAGAGGAGAGCCAUACGACGGUAAAAAAGCGGACGUGUGGAGCAUGGGAGUGGUUUUGUAUGCAAUGGCCUGCGCAAGGCUGCCGUUUAGCGACGAAGAUAUGCGUGCUUUAGCUAAAGAGGGCUACCAGGGCAAGGUCAAGUUUUCCAAGAGAGUCAGUAAGGGUAUGUGGAUAAAAAGCAGUGGCGGAUCGAGACCUUGAGAUAAGCGUGGGCCAGACGCAAAAAACAUUUUUUCGGCCCUUCGGGCCUCAGUUUGGUCUAAAAAUAAGGGGAGUCCGGGCCCCUCGGCCCCUCCCCGGGAUUCGCCACUGAAAAGUUAGAAUUGUUUGGAAUAAGGGAAAAUAAUCUAAAAGCAAUUCAAAUUCAUAACGUACAACACUCAGAAAACUUACUUCUUAACAACGUGCGUUCAUGGGUGGGACUGGUCAAAUUUCAGGACUUCAUCCAAAGGUUUUAAAUCACUCGUAUAGCUCAGAAUGCUAAACACAAACAGGACCUCAGUUACGAGGGGAUUGCUUACCGUCUAUCAGUGGUCUUUGACGAUUGUUGAUCCAUAGACUGAAAUGCUAGCUUCCUCCAGACGACCUUACGCAGAAAAAAUGCUUUAGUGCUGUAAGUCACUCCCAAGCUUAGGAGUUGUCACUUGAAUCAUCGCAUCAAAAUGUUCGUCUAUCUUUAAGAAGCACUCAAUAUUUUUAGGCUCCUCGUGACUUUUAUCCGCACCUUUUACAAGAUUUUUCGAAAAAUAAUUGAAUUUGAGAAAAUCUGUUUUCCAUGCAGAGGUAAAUGCUGGACUUUUCUUGCGUGAAGGUGAUAAAUUUACUCAGAGACCACAAUACUGACCUCUUUGUCUCCUUCUUUGCCAUAGAAUGUCGCGACUUAGUCCGCAAUAUGCUAAAUGUGGACCAAAAUGAACGGUUCUCUGCGGAGCAGGUAUUUCGAAGCGCCUGGUGCAUGAAGGCCCUCAAGGAGAAUCCUGAUCUACGGUACCUCGAUGAAAAUCUUCAUGUAGCUUCCUUUCGUAAGCCUUCAGAAUGUGUUCCUCAAGAAAAAGAUGAAAUUGGUAGGUAUAACCUUAAUAAAAUUGGUUUGUUGUUAAGGCUGCUGAAGGCAGCCUCGAGGACAGUGCGCUCGUCUCCGUUUUCUAACGGGUUCUAAGCCCAAGUCCGCAUUCGUUUAUUGUCUCCAUCAUUUUUAGGUGAAGGCAAGUACUGGCUGAACAAGGCUCUUAGAGACGAACGUACUGUCUACGAGGCUGUGUUCAACUGCUUUAACAACAAACCAGAUUUGAGCUUUGUAUGAGCUAGGACUGAUAGGAUCUUAUUUUGGUGCGUGUUUUAGGAUACCAUAUAAAUUUCAGACGUUCUUAAAUAACAUUUGACACUGGAAGUCCUGAAUGACUUUCACGUGAUGUGAGGAGGCCAAGGAUGGCAGGGUAGGAGGGAGACAGAGCAUACAAAUUUUCAGCCAAACACUGACUAUAAUCUUUAAGGGGUAAUUUCUCUAUAUCCAUUAUGGCCUGCGUAGUGGAUAUUACUGAUAUGCGCAGGCUACCCAGAUUAUUUUCCUCACGUUAAUACUGACGAAAUACAGUGUUCUUGACUGAAGUCCAGCCUGAGCUUUGUUUUUAAAUGAUGUUAUCUAGUUUUCUCUUUCUAAGGCUCAACGUAUGGUGUAUAAAACGAUGUGAGCGCAACACCAUUUAAUAUCCUCUUAAUCUCUGGUCAGCGUCAAACUUUUGAUUUUACUUAGGAUCGUCAAUGCGUAACAUUAACAGACAGUACAGUUAACAACGAAACAUCUCCCUUAAAUAUACCCUGCAUGCGAGUGAUGAAUCCUUCCUAUUUGACCUCUGAUUACAUGUUUUAUUUCAUUCUAUCAGAAGAGGAGGAAUCUUACCCAGUAGAUGUCCAACCUAUUCACCCCAAAAUAGGCCAGAAAUCUAAAGUGGUCAAUUGCUUCACUUUCGUACCGAAGCCUUGUCUACCAAAACAGAAACAUGAUCCUGGGCGACGUCACACUAUAUCUGGUUUCGAGAUACAUGAUAAGAGCUAUGGAUUGAAUUUACGCGAUGACCUGCUUCGUAAUUUAGCUCAAAAGGAAAUGAAACAAAAGUCUUUAGAUAAGUUUGAAGAAGAGAAGAAGGCAUUGCCUGCAGAGUCUUACAACAGGCAUAAAAGUCGGAGAAGGAGCACACUUGUUACGGACGUGCUGCAAACGGUGACACCACCCAAGGAAAAGAAAAACGAACCCUACCAAAGGAAGGCUUCCUUAGUAUCUGACGUCAUCAAAUUUGAUCCUAAAACCGUUGCAGAGAGACCAGGAUCAUUGGCAGGCUCCAAAGCAAAUUUACUUAAGCCACCUCAGAAUCAACCAGAAACUAUAAUGGAGGAGGGUACUAAUUCUCCUGAGACGUCGGAGAAUGCACAUGAGCCGGCGACAAACCAAUGUGCAAAAAGCCCAAGAAAGCGCAUGCCUGGCGGUCGUGAGUCCCGCUUUAAAGAAGUUGACAAGCUUAAGUAUACAUCCGCAGCGAGAGCAGCCAAGUUGGCUUUUAAAGAGGCACACAUUUCAAUGCAAGCUAAUCGAAGGCUCUCUUUGCAAGGUCUGGAUCAUUAUUUGACUAUGCAAACCGUAGUACAGCUACGAGGGAUUGAAAAGGAACCUAGUACAAAUACAAAGUUUAUAAACUGGAAAAAGAAAUUCAAAGUAGCCUUGGAAACAAAUACCUAA